CGUCAAGAGAAUAUGAUGCCGAUUCGACACUUGUCCAUCGUGAACUGUGAUAUAGUGUCAGUGAAAUGCAGCUGUAUCACAGUGUCAGGCUAAACACUCGUCAGAUAGGAAGAGGUUAACAACCACAGGAGGGGCUAAUAGUGUUUAAAGAUAGAGCUGUAACUAUAUUUAAUGAAGAGAAAGACUCCAGAAACAGAAAAUGGCUGAUAAGUGUGAUUUGUGUCUGCUGGGACUGAUCGUUCUCUGCUCACUUCUCACAGGUACCAGUGGAGUGAAUGAGACUCAUGUGUUUAUUAGUUCUGGUGAAAAUGUCCGUCUGCCCUGUAAUGAUGCUCUUUCUGACUGCAACUCAACUACAUGGAUCUAUGGCACAUCCAGGCAUUCAGAAGCAGCUGAACUUAUUUUUUUAGGGACAAAGAAUAAAGACACAGGGAGACAUGAGAGACUGAGUCUGGGGUCUGACUGCUCUCUGAACAUCAAGAACGUCACUAAAGAAGACUAUGGAUUUUACACCUGCAGACAAUAUGUGAAUAAACAAAAACAAGGAACUGAUGCAUGUGUUUAUCUGCAUGUUCUUUAUGUUUCAGUCUCUCCAUCAUCAUCCUCACAGACUGAGAUCAGUCCAGGUCGCUCUGUGACUCUCUUCUGUCAGUUGUAUUCUAGAUUAUCCUGUGAUUAUUUGGUCCGUUCUGAGGGACUUCAGCUGUUGUGGGUGAAUCAGUCUGGUGUUGAUCUGAAGACAGACUCCAUAUAUCAGAUAUCAUCAGAUCGCUGUAUCAUCACUCUGACUACAACACUCCUGAAUGAAGAUGACAACAGAGAGUGGAGAUGUCAGCUUACUCUCAGAAAUCAACUCAACACCUCAGCCAGAUACACUGGCAAGUAUUCAGUUCAAAAUGAUUCAAUAACAGCAGUGAUUCCAGUCCACAACACAAACUCUCAGGAUUCUUCAACUAUAAACACACACGUAUCUAAAGUGAAUGAAUCAUCUGAACUAACAUCUACAGCUCAGGAUGAUUCAGUGACAGCAGUGAAUCGAGUUCACAUCACAGUCUUAACAAUAAACACACCAGAAACUUCUACGCAAGAUGAAGCAUCUGAACAUUCAUCUUCUGCAGUGGAUUCAACCACACUGAUUCUAGUCAGCAGCUCCAACUCUGAGAAGAAAUCAAGCCAAACGACAGCAGCAGCAUCGACUACAGCACCAGCACUGAUUCCAGAUGUCACUCAAAACCCUCGGAAACAAGUGAUUGUGAUUGCGAUUGUCGCCGCUUCAUUCAUUGUUCUCCUUCUUGCUCUUAUUCUCUUGAUGUUUCGUGAAAAAAGAGCAGAUAACAGAAGAGGGACUGAUGACUCUGUGAAGCAGACAGAUGAUCAUGUGACUUAUGCUGAAGUCACUGCGUACAGUAAAAACCAAGACAAAAAGAACAAGGUUCGCUGUGAUGAUAAAGUGACUUAUUCUUCCAUCAGAGGAGCAAAAGCUGGAUCUCAGGAAAACUGCAGUGAACUUUAUGCCUCUGUGAACAAGAACCAUCACAAAUCAGUCAAAUAAUUAUACAAAAACCACAUGAGCAGAAGAAUAUGAACUUUGUAUAGUUCACUUCUAAUGGUUUUAUUCAUUGUGUAUACUUUCAAUGUCUUUUACAUGUUAAGAAACAAACCCAAGUGGAGCUCUGAUUUAUUUGUAGUUAUUAUUGGUUAUUUUGGUCAGUUUGAUGUUUUAUAGUUUCUGUCUGCUUGUUGAUCAGUCAAUUCUAAUGCCUUUAUUAUUAAUUCAGGGUCUGCAGGAUAGAAAAUAAAGCACAGUUUUACUGACAUAGAUGAUUCUCAUUAAAUCAUGUAUUUUCUCGAGCAGCUAAUGAACUGUCAGCUUGCAUUAAGAACAGGCAAAGCAUGAUGAUGUAAGCGUUUAUCACAGUAUGACAGGAAUGAUAAUUUGGUGUUUGAACCGUUUGAGCAGCUGUUUUCAGCAAUGCUUGUAGUAUUAUAUUUGUCAAUAAGAAAAUAGCCUGUCAAACGUGUAUUUAUAGUGAAAUAUAUUUUUCAUCAUGUUGUGUUCACUUAACAAUGUCGUAUGGUAAAUGCCCACUAGAGGGAGUUGUAUGAUGUGGGAACUGGUAUGCAUGUAAGAAAAGAAGAGAGGUUGUUUUUUAUGGAGUUAAUAUUGUGCCAUAAUUAAACAAACAAAUACAGCAUUUUGCAAACAAACACGAUCUGCUUUGCAAAGGAAAACUCACAAACAAACAGAAAGUGAUGUGCAAAUACAAAGGUCAGUUUGAGUAAAAAAGAUGAGUAACAAAUAUAUGUAUUGUGUUUUACAAAUAUAAAUAAAUGAGCCUACAUCAUAUUUCACAAAUAAAUACAAACCAUUCUACAAAUGGCAUGUAACCUUUGAACAAAUACCAAA